AUGGAGGGAGAGGGGGAACCUCCCCCACAGCCUCAAAGGCGCAACAGGCGACAGGUGCCGGUAGUGGAACGUCAGCUCGCCGAGAGAAAUAUUUUCUCCGGUGAGCCGCCGCGUCCGCUACCGUCUAUCCGCACCAUGAGUGCGCAACGCCCCGGCAGAACAUCGCCGGGUGCGAAUAUUACCACCACGGACGAAGAAGAAGAAGACGAGGAGGAGGUAUCGUCAUCCGCUACAACCACCAUCAGACGCCCGCCACAGCCUACACGGGCAAGCGGGAGUGGAGAGAUCGCAGGGGGCUCAUAUUUCCAUGCAGCCCCCGCGGAUUAUACCCCACCGCCACGCCAGCCGAAAGCACAGCGGCGCCACACCCCGCCAGAGACGGAGGCGUCCCUCAUGGAAAAGCGGACAAAGGUAGCCCCCGCUACCUCAUCACCGGAGCAGGGGCCUCCGGAACCACAGGUGAGUCAACCUGGGGCGAGGGCCUACUCCCAACCCCCCAGGUCACCAUCCAAUAACUCCACACCGGCCACAACCCCCAGCAUGUCCCCGGACAGGAGGUCCAAUAGGGACCUCGACAUGGAAGAGCUUGGAGGGGAAUCAGCCUGGACGGACGCGACAUCCUACGCGACAUUCGCGAACAACGGCACCAAUAGAGGUGCCAAUAUAAUAACACCAACUGCCAGUGAGCCGCAGCCAUCAACAUCUUACGCUGCGGCCGCGAUUAAGCCGCCUUCUCCCAGCACUUUGCGGAGAACAAGUUCACCUAAAGCGACCAACAACAUCAACACCAAGGAGAAGCCCACCCAGGAGUCCACCAGAAAGGGAUAUCCACCCAUUAUGGUGGAAAAACUCCCGGAGUGGACCAAACACUUUAAAAUUCUCCAGCAACAACUCGGCCACGCCCCGAACGCGAGGCCGUACCGCAGUGGAUUCAGCGUUGAAAACUCGCGUACCUCACCAUGCGGGCUAAUAACCUCGCCGACCGACAAGCGACCACGUGUCGGCUCGGACGUCACCUCGCCCGAACAACGCCUGCUCGACGCGGGAGCGCGUGCGUAUUCGCAGCCGCCCCGAUCGCCGUCAUCCUCAUCCACCUCAGCAAAUACUACCCCUAGAUCUACUCCCAGCGUCUCGCCGUACCGACGCUCGGAUAUAUUUAUCCAGCAUUAUGAAAUGGAGGAGCUUGGUGGCGAAUCGGCAUGGACCGACGCCACCUCAUAUGCAACAUUUGCAAAAGAAAGUGCAGGUAAGGGUGCCUCACCUCUCUCUCCCCGAGUUCGCAGCCCGCAGCCCUCGACGUCAUAUGCAGCCACAGCAGCCGCAUCCGCAACCGCAACACCAAGGCGCAAGACGCCCACACCUCCGCCGUCGAUCGCAGCAGCAGCACCCAGCGCAGCCGCCGCCACUACCGCCGCUACCGUGAACUCCGAGCAGUCGACCGCACAACGUAAGGGCUACCCGCCCAUCGUAUGCGAAUUCCUGCCGGAGUGGACGCGUCACUUUCACGAACUGCGAGGCGCAUACAGCCAACGACCGCCGCUGCCCCGUAUUCGUUCGCGAAGCGCGCAAGCGAGGAGCACACCCUGUCCACACCACUUCCCGUCCCUCCGCGCAACGCGAAUAGAAAGCGUAACACCACACGCGGAGGGAAGGACAACUGUUGACUGCAAUAACGCGCAACCACGCACUGCGCGAAACGACACAGGAACUCACCUGCCGAUUCUACAUCCAGGCGACCGCGAG